UUUUUUUAGCCCUUUCCGGUGAAGUUCUUGGGGCUGGGAGCCGUAGUUUCGGUUUUUAUUAUUUCAAUCGCCUUUAAUCCACAAAUAUGAGAAUUUAUAAGGACAUUAUUACCGGUGACGAGAUGUUCUCGGACACGUACAAAAUGAAAUUAGUCGACGAAGUGAUCUAUGAAGUCACCGGUAGAUUAGUGACAAGAGCACAAGGCGACAUCAAAAUUGAGGGCUUCAACCCCUCUGCUGAGGAAGCAGAUGAGGGCACCGACAGCGCUGUGGAGAGCGGUGUCGAUAUCGUACUGAAUCAUAGGCUAGUGGAAACAUAUGCCUUCGGAGACAAGAAGUCCUACACAUUAUAUCUUAAAGACUAUAUGAAAAAAUUAGUUGCAAAAUUGGAAGAGAAAUCUCCUGACCAAGUAGAUGUAUUCAAGACCAACAUGAACAAAGUGAUGAAGGACAUCCUAGGCAGGUUUAAAGAGCUCCAGUUCUUCACUGGGGAGUCGAUGGACUGCGAUGGCAUGGUCGCCAUGAUGGAAUACAGGGAUAUUGACGGAGUGUCUACACCUAUCAUGAUGUUCUUCAAACACGGCUUAGAGGAGGAGAAGUUCUAACUGCGGCUCUAAUAUCGCUUAGGCAAAACUACUCAUAAUAUUCCAAUUUUACAACUCUGACGCCUAAACUCAUUUUUAUUUAUUUUUGUGAUCAUGUCUGCAUUCUGCUGCUCCCUAUCACAAGGCUGAACAAUUUUGUAAAAAUAAAUGUUGCAUACUAUAAAUAAAUUAAUCUACAUUUA